AUGCACCUCUCAACACCGGACGGAUCAGGCGCGGCGGCAGCAAGCCGCAAGCCUCUGAAAUUCCUCCUGCACUGCUUUUCUGCGACUGGUCAUGUUCUGCCUAUGCAAGCAGUGGCCAGAGAACUGGUCGAACGGGGCCACGAAGUUGUUUGGACGACAAUAGCGCCCCAGGAAUCCCGAGUUGUUGCGUCAGGGGCGAAGUUCUUCCCCGCAGAAGAAGUGGUCAAAGUUGACGCCAACCUUGAUGGCGCGAACCCGAAAGAUAUGACCGAGACAGCUGAAAUCAUGUUCAGCGGCCGGCUUACUGCGCAAGUCGCUGACAUUCGCCGUGUUCUCAAAACAUUCAAGCCUGACUUUGUGCUCAACGAUGCUCUGCCACAGGGUGUUGCCGCACUCUACGAGUUGGGCGAGAUUCCUCGGUAUGCGACCCUCGGGGUUGUGCCUUUGUAUCUUCCAGAUAUUGGACCGGAGCCUAUCGAACACGCUGCGCAAUCUGCGCUGGGACUGCUCAUCAGUCAACCACAGCUGGUGCUGCCCACGAUCAAUCCGGAAAGACAGAAGCUUGGACUUCCGGCCCUUAAAGUUACGGACACGUAUUCAUACAGUCCGUUCCUGCACAUCCAAGCUUCUUGCCCUUCUUUGGAAUUCCAGGAGGGCCCUGAUCCUAUUCUUCCACAAGCACAAUAUGUCGGACCACUGGUCACACGUCUUACGGGAGCCAAUCUCGGUGUGCCGACAUGGUGGGAAGAUGUUGUCAACGCAACUUCCGUUAUUGGGAUCACGCAAGGCACCUUUGCCAUGAACCCUACAUCGCUCAUCAUCCCUGCUAUCCAGGCACUUCAAGGAGAUAAAGAACAUCUCUUGGUUGUACCGUCGAAACUCGCAGACCAAAUCCAAGGAAAGAUCAAGGUCGAAGACAAUGUUCGCAUCGCGGAAUGGGUCCCGUACGACAUGUUGCUGCCACGGUGUCGCCUUCUCGUCACAAACGGAGGCUACGGAAGUGUCACCCAGGCGCUUUCACACGGCGUCCCGCUCGUCUGUGCCGGUACGUCCGAAGACAAGAAAGAUACUGCUGCGCGGGUAACUUGGGUAGGUGCGGGCAUCGAUCUCAAGACCGAUACCCCUUCGGUUGCUCAGGUCCGCAAUGCGGUUCACAGGGUUCUCAGCGAGGAUAGCUUUGCGAAGAAUGCAAUCAGAAUCGGCAAAGAGCUCAACGAUCAAGGGGGCGCGAAAAGAGCGUGCGACUUGUUAGAGGAAGCCGCGAUAGAGCUUAGUGCAGCACUGGCCAGUGCAUAA